AUGGACUCGGAAUCCCUCAGGCAGAAGCUCUCGGACCUCAUUGCCCGGUCACAGCCGUACAUAGAGCAAGCGAGUGCCCAUAUACAGCCAUACGUUGAACAAGCCAACGACCAUUUUCAGAAAUCCAAACACCAUUGCUCCUCGAUUCUCAAAUCGGCACAAUCCGACCUGCAGUCAUUGUCACAAAAGCCCCAUUUCAAGGAAGUCCUCUAUGGCCUGACGCUAUUUGUGUUCCUCGCCUUUGCUCUCAGCCGUUACAUCUCAUCGCGCCGCUCUCGCUACCUGACCGGUGCCUCUCGCCCAUCAACCCCGCCGACACCACAGCUCGAAAAGGCCACUUACAGCAAGGGCGCCAACGCCGCUCAAGCCCGCAAACCCGGAACAUGGAUCCCGUCCGACUUCCAACGCCCUAAGCCACCGGCGUACGAAAACUGGUCCAUCGAGCACACGAAGCCUCUGCCGUACCGCCCCUUCCGCUACGGGCCCAAGUACUUUGUCACGAUGGGUCUCCGCAACGUGAAGUGGGACGACUGGAUCGAGCUGGACAACCACUUCCCGCGGUACCACGCGGACAAGACGCGCCGGAUCCUGGAGCGCGGGCACAAAUGCUGCAAGACGGCGCCCGAGGCGCUGCCGGCGGCGCUCGAACUGCUGGAAGAACUCCGCUCGUACCUGCCGGACCGGUACCCGACGCUGUACCAGCGCACGGAGAAGGGGAUCAAGAACCUGUGGUCGGGCGAGGAGCUGGACACGACGUCGCGGCCGCUGCCGGAGGACCCGAUGCAGACGGCGGCGCGGCUGGUGCAGGACGACCUGGCGAUCAUGAUCGAGGGCGCGGACGGGCAGUACUACCUGCUGGCGGGGGCGAUCCUGCUGCCGGGCUUCUGGCGGCUGGAGGACAAGUACGGGAUGCCGCUGUCGGAGAUCCACACGAGCGGCGACGUGCCGCAGUUCAAGGAGAAGCUGGAGAAGGGCAUGAUGAACUUCUUCCGCCGGCUCAAGCCCGAGGAGCUGGUCGCGCGCAACAACUACUUCCUGCAGGUCGACGACGACCUGGCCUGGUCGUACUCGAUCGGCAGCGAGGACAACCCGCACAUCAGCUGGAACACGGCCGAGAAGAACCGCGCCGUCGAGCACCACUUCUUCCGCUCCGAGCGCCAGACCCUGCGCCGCCUGCCCCGCUCCGGCGGCGUCGUCUUCACCAUCCGCACCUACUUCCACCCCGUCACCGACAUCGCCGACGAGGACUACGUGCCCGGCCGCCUGGCCAGCGCCGUCCGCAGCUGGGGCGACGACGUCUCCCGCUACAAGGGCAAGGAAAAGUACGAGGCCGUCCUGCUCGAGUACCUCGACAAGAAGCACCAGGAACAGCUGGACCGCGGCCUAAAAGUGGACGAGGAGGACGAGAGGAGGAGUUAUCCUUGGUGAUGGAUGAGCCGACACCAAUAAGCCUGCCUUUUUACAUAGCACGCAAUUUCUUAGCGGUAUAUAUCG